AUGUAUGAUGAAGACAACGAUGAUUCGUACGCUUCUGUGUCACAGCAACUAGCUAUUUUGCAAGCGCAAAAGAGGGACUUCAGGAAUCUGUUGUCCCAAAUAAGGGAAGCGAAGGACCCACAGCAUAUACCAUCAAUUCUUGCUCGGAGAAUGGAGCUGCUGCUCAAUAUGUCCGGUGAAAUCGGAACCGCUGUUUGCGAAUCAAUUUUGAAAGAGACGAAAGCAGAACAAGGGGAAGAUGCUGCUGCCCAAACAGAGGAAUUUAUUGAUAUUAUUUUGUCAUUUGCCGAGGAUUUUGUGCAGGAGACGCAAAAAAUUGACCGCCAGAACAAAGAAUUACUUGGAAUGAUACUAAAAACCCUUGCAGAUAAAGAGAAAGGGGCUAAAGAUCGCGAAGAAGCUCUCGAUGCGUUGCUUGCGGCCGAAAAAGACAAAUUCACCCCCGGUUUUUUGAGGCAUAUUGAAGGAGAAUGUGAUCGUAUUGCAAGCGCGCCCAAGAUGACCCCUGAGUCUAUACGUCUUCUGGAAAUCCUAAGACUGAUUCAAACCAGAGUACUGGAGGAACUUGGAAAAGAUCUAGGCGAAGCCGCACAGGUUUUAGGUCAGCUCAUUGGUUACGAAAGCAAGGUCGAGCGACUUGCGGUGCUGGAAGCGGGUUUAACAGUGAGAGGCCCAGACUUUGCAAGGGAGCUUCUUGAGCUAACUGAAGAAGCGCUGGAAGGUUUUCAGCGAGUCCCGCACGGAUCGGAUCAAAACCUUGUGAAGUGUGUGACAGAGAUUGAUGAGCGGACUCGUAAAUUUUUAGGAUUUCAAUGA